GCUACAGAAGUUCUUCAGUGUUAGAAACGAAUUUUUAAACCGGAACGAAGCAAAAACAAAACAAAACAAACUUUUAAAACAUCCAUCUCUGGGCGCUGGAAACAUUCAUCCCUGGGCUGCUAAGGAGCCCAACCCGAUCGGAUUGUUCUCGGGUCGCUUCUGAUUUAUGAAGUUUGGAAAAGGGUUAAGUCCAAUCGUAAACCCGAUCAGGGGUGGAGGAUAGUGGAAAUUGCGGCUGGUCGCAGAGGGAGGAAAGGCGCUUAUAUUUGGAAAUUCUACAGACAAAGAAUAUGGGAGGUGGGGGGUAAGGGCUUAAACUUGCACUGCGGGGCGAGCAGCGUGCGGAAUCAGAUGGGAGAAAAGCGAAGCUUCUGGGCGCGAGCAGCCUCUACUGUCCCGGGAGCGCUGUCUCUUAUUACUCCACUUCUUUCACAUUGCUGCGUUAUCUGAAACGUUAAAGUAGACUUCUGCUAACCAGUGCCAUGUUUCAUUCCCUCCACACUUUCUAGUUCUAAGAGAGGAGGCAACAUGUCGGGGGAGGGCAGUAAAUGAAACGGCUGGCUCUAGUUCACCAAUGCACCAGACGUAUAUUUAUGUUUCUGGACAGAAGCCUUGAACUUGGAAUUAGGAAUGUAGUGGCAUGUACCGUUAUCAUCAGUAGUGUAACUUCUCUCUUUUGUGUGUGUGCCUGUGUGUGUUUUGGCCAAACCCACAGUAACUAAACGUACUCCUUAUACAAUCAAUGAAUGUACUAAAUGGUUGGGAUUUAUUGCAAACUCUUAUGAGUGAUUUUCACUGAAUACCUUUAUAUUUUCCUGCACUGGAUUACAAGAAAGAAAGAAAGAAAAAAACUAGAAGAAGAAAUUAAGAAAAGGCAGUUGCUUCACAGAAGCAAGCUUUCCUGUUUACCGCAAGGCCAGGGAGGGCUUGGCUGCCCACACCCCUCGGACCCUGAGCACACCUGUUCCUAGAGAGUUAUUAAUAGAGCCCAAAGAAUGACUUACUCUGUCAAAUGAUUUUCGCGCAAAUCUAAUGUCUUGCAAGGCAAUUAGGGGGUGGUUCUCAGCUCUUUUAGUUGGGUGGUGGUGGUGGCAGGCAGAGGUGGUGUAAUGUCUCCACCCUCACAUUAGCGGUUGGGUCUCUUCCGAGGAGAGACCAAGAACUGGUGGUGAACCCACCGGUGAGCGGACCAACGCUUCAGAGAACCUCCAAGCUGGAAGCCUGGAGGGGGUUGGAGGUGGGGGAGGAGAGGGCAGGAGAGGUUGUAAAUGGGGCUAGCUUCUCUAGUUUUCCCAUUUCCAUUUGGAUGUGACACAGGAUGUGCCUCUUGUCGAGUUGGAGUUUUCAGUUUGGCUGCGGUUUCCGAGGCCCUCUCCGACCAAGGAAAAGCGACACAAAAAGCCUGGAUCAGAGGGAACCACCCCCGCAGCAAGUGAAGGCUCGCUCGGCCUCGGCCUCGCCCUCGCCCUCUAGCGUUCGUCUGGAGAAGCGCCACCCAAGGAUUCCUGGAGACUCCGCUGCGCACCAUGGGGUCUACCAGCAUCCCGCUGGUGAAGGCCCUCCGCAGUCCUGUCUCCGACUAUGUCAACUAUGACAUCAUCGUCCGGCAUUAUAACUAUACAGGAAAGCUGAAUAUCAGCGCGGACAAGGAGAAUGGCAUUAAACUGAGCUCGGUGGUGUUCAUUCUUAUCUGCUGUUUAAUCAUCCUAGAGAACAUCUUUGUCUUGCUGACCAUUUGGAAAACCAAGAAGUUCCACCGACCUAUGUACUAUUUUAUUGGCAACCUGGCCCUCUCAGACCUGUUGGCAGGAGUGGCUUACACAGCCAACCUGCUCUUGUCUGGCGCCACCACCUACAAGCUCACCCCCGCCCAGUGGUUUCUGCGGGAAGGGAGUAUGUUUGUGGCCUUGUCUGCCUCCGUGUUCAGCCUCCUAGCCAUCGCCAUCGAACGCUAUAUCACAAUGCUGAAAAUGAAACUCCACAACGGGAGCAACAGCUUCCGCUCCUUCCUGCUGAUCAGUGCCUGUUGGGUCAUCUCCCUCAUCCUGGGUGGCCUGCCCAUCAUGGGCUGGAACUGCAUCAGCGCGCUGUACAACUGCUCCACGGUCCUGCCGCUCUACCACAAGCACUAUAUCCUCUUCUGCACCACUGUCUUCACGCUGCUCCUGCUUGCCAUCGUCAUCCUCUACUGCCGGAUCUACUCCUUGGUCAGGACUCGGAGCCGCCGUCUGACCUUCCGCAAGAACAUUUCUAAGGCCAGCCGCAGCUCCGAGAAGUCGCUGGCGCUGCUCAAGACCGUGAUUAUCGUCCUGAGCGUCUUCAUCGCCUGCUGGGCGCCCCUUUUCAUCCUGCUCCUGCUGGACGUGGGCUGCAAGGUGAAGACCUGCGACAUCCUCUUCAGAGCGGAGUACUUCCUGGUGCUGGCAGUGCUUAACUCCGGCACGAACCCCAUCAUUUAUACUCUGACCAACAAGGAGAUGCGCCGAGCCUUCAUCCGGAUCCUGUCCUGCUGCAAGUGCCCCAGCGGGGACUCCGCGGGCAAAUUCAAGCGACCCAUCAUCGCAGGCAUGGAAUUCAGCCGCAGUAAGUCGGACAACUCCUCCCACCCGCAGAAGGACGAUGGGGACAACCCAGAGACGAUUAUGUCCUCUGGAAAUGUCAACUCUUCUUCCUAAGACUGAGCGCUACUGACCCACGAGGAGAGUUCUUGCGUGGUCACCCACCACCCAGUGUUUGGAAAAAAAAAAAAUCUCUGUCUCGACUGCUGCCAGGAGCUGCUGCUGGGAGCCAGAGGGAGGGCGGGCAGAGUAAGAGCAGCCUGGUGGUGCCGGGGUGUUGGUGGGUUAGUUCCUGUGAACAAUGCACUGGGAAGGGUGGAGAUCAGGUCGUCGCCUGGAAUCUAUUUCCUACACCCCCCCCCCACCCUCCCGCCCUGGAGCUUUGAUUUUGCACUGAGCCAAAGGUCUAGCAUCGUCAAGCUCCUGAAGGGUUCAUUUGGCCCCUCCUCGAAGACAGACUAAUGUCCCGGUGUGAAAGCGUGUGUCGGGAGCUUUGAGGAGAUGUUUUCUUUCACCUGAGUUUCCAGCCCCAGUGAUUGUGUGCACUUCGGCUUCUCUGGGUAUGCUCUGCAUAUCCCACCCUCCCUUCCCCUUCACACCCCUCCUCAAAAUUCUGUAACUUUAUAUUCCAACUACCGGGCCUUCAUCAGAGCUGGGGUUGUGGCAUGGUCCAUUUCUUGAUGGUCUGUAGCAGGUAGGCUGUGUCCAGGACGAAAACUGUGAGGAAUGGGGAUGGUUUGGAGAUGUAAAGCAGUUUUGUUUGCUGAGGCCAAAGUUUCCAUGUAAGCUGGAUCAGUUUUUUGGAAUUUGGUUAAAGUCACUUUGUUUUUGUUUUUUGUUUUUUUUUCUUUUAACAACUUUACAAGGAAAUAUGUUUGUUACAGCAUUGUUACCCGUUGUGGCUGAAAUCUGCAUAAGGAAGUCCAAUUUAUCUUAAUGGUAUCAGGCAGGAUCCUUUGUGUCAUAGGAGAAACAAACUAGCAAAACGAGGUGAAAACUGACUGGGGGGUGGGGUGACUGUAAACCAAGAGAGAUUUCUUAAUGAAUCUAACAAAUACAUCUGUCUUUGGCACUUUUGUUGAUGUUUAUUUCAGAGUGUUGUGUGAAUUAGUUCAACCAACAGGAUGGUUAUUUUGUUAUGUUAAAAGUACUUUUCCGUGAUUUUUGAAUGUAUUUGUUUCAGCAUUUUAUCGGAUUUUUCUAACUCGCGUUAACACCAUUGAACGUGUAUUUCCUAAGAAAAUACAACCCUCUUGUGCCAUUAAAGCAUUACUUUAACUGAUAGGGAAUACCAGAAAUUUUUCAAUACAGCUGUUCAUUAAAUAGUCAGUUAAAGAUGUGUAUAAAUUUUACAAAAAAUAAAGAUAUAUUGCUGUCUUUUUAGUAUGGUUUUCAGUGCAAUUAAACUGAGAAAUGUCUUUUUAAAAAUAGUAUUUAAUAGGUUUCUGACUUUUGUGGAUCAUUUUGCACAUAGCUUUAUCAACGUUUAAACAUUAAUAAACUGAUUUUUUUAAAUA